AUGAGAAGGAACUUCCAAAAUUUAAUAAAAGAUCCUCCUGCUAAUGUUUAAAGAGAAUCUAAGCCCUAAUAACCUGCCGUGGUUUAGGUGGCUGAAUGGAACAAGGCAUUGGAAUAUUUAGAUGCUGGAGAUAUUAAUAAAGCCUACGAAGAAAUAUUGAUAUCAGAAGAUGAUUUAUAUUUGUUGAGGUUGAUGACGAUCACUGGACCUUGUGUGAACAAAUUGAGUCAGAAGGUGGCUUUCCAAUUACAUCAAAAGAUUAAAUUAUUGAUGAAAUCAGAAUUUUGGAAGGUCCUUGCAUUACAGAUGUUGGGCAAUCUAUCAUCCAAAUAAGAAUGUUUAAGGAUCGAAUAAAAGCAAAAGUUACAGCAACUACUAUAUUAAUGGAGUAAAUCUUGGCAGCCUUAGAUUAGUAAGGAAACUGUAUUGUUGUACAAUUCAGGAGUGUUCAAACCUGAUCACAUUAUUUGAC